AAAAAAUCAAAAACACUGGAUCAUAAACUUCCCACAAUCCUACUUGAUAUUUUUUGUUAGAUUCUCUUUGCAGACAUCAUUCCAAUUCCAGGCCUUUCAGUUUCUAUCGCAGGCUUUCUGUUAAAGAUUUGUUGUCUUCAAGCCCAGGCUGAAAAAAAAAAAACAAGAUGUGCAAGAAGCUGGUGACAUCUGUUUGUUAUCUCAAACAUUCAAAAGCUCCUCCUGGGGCCAUGGAAGAUAUUGUAUGACUGUUUUCAAGCUGAGCAGUACUCAGUGUGACAAGUGAACUGAACCUAAUAUGUAAAAUUGGUUUGAGUGUAAUCAGAAGAAGCGGAACAAUUGCCGUAUGUUUUUCUUUAACAAAUCACUUCUAUUCACUCUUUCACCUACUUAUUUUUAAAUUGUAUCUGCUAUAAUCUGAUCUGAUAGGCUGUACCACGGUCCUACUCAAUAUACUCUUUUUAUUUCCUGGCAGUCAUAAUCUUAUAGGUGGACAUUGUCCUAAUCAAUUAACUGAAUUUCUUAAGAGAAUUAUGCCAACCACAAGUUGUUGCAAAAUAAUCAAGUCAAUUAUCACAGACAGAUUACUAAAAGUGCAGCUGCUGCUUGGAUGAAGCAAGGUGUUUCAGGUGAACUCUUGCCAACCCACUGAAAGUUGUUCCUGCUGAAAGGUUUUUAGGUGAGGUCCUGGUCUGAGUCAUGGGGAGAAAGUUAUUAUUUGUCACUGAGACUUGGCAGUAAAAGGUGGAAGAAUCUUGUGAGUGUAUUGUUGCAUCAACAAACAUAGAGCCAGGGCUUUGUACCUUUGAAGUAUUGCCCUUUUGAUAUCGAAGUAUUGACACAGUCUACUUAAUUUUACUGCAGCAACCAGGCUUAUCCAUUUAUCUACAGGCUAUUAGAUGAAAUGCCUCUUUUAUACACACACAUAGAAUUUAUGAAUCCGUUUUCUCUUGUCAGACAUAUAUCCUUGUUAUUGUUUUGGAAAAAAAAGACCCACUGUUUGUUGAAAAUGUGGACAGUGUGUGUCGAUUUUAUUUUUGUUUGUAUAAACACAGACAGGGCUUGGUGUAAUGAGGCAUGGUAAAGUGUGUGAGGAUGAGGUGAAGGGCAGGAAACCUGUUGUGUUGGUUCAUUUAAGCAUUAAGGACUGAUGUAUAUAUAAACACAGGGGCAAUUACAAUAAACAUUACCAGGUAUUAGGACAUUUGACUCUCUGUCAGGAAAUAGUCAUUGAUACCACUCUCAUGUCUGUCUGCUAAACAUGGGGGGAGAGAGAGAGAGAGAGAGAGAGAGAGAGAGAGAGAGAGAGAGAGAGCGAAGAUGACAUGCAGCAAAGGGGGUCGCGUUGGAAUUGAACCCGGGCCGCUGAGAUUCAGCCUACAUGACUUUGCACGCGCUCUAGCAGGGACUCGAAGCCUGGAAAGUAAGAUGCAUCUCUUCUCCUUUCUGCUGUGCAUCAGUUUGGGAGCUUUGGUAAAAGGUGAAACUGGAAGUGACUGGUGCUAUACUGGCUGCGACACCACACCGGAAAAAUGGGUACACCUUCCUGAGUCUUCCUGUGGAUCUGACAGGCAGUCUCCCAUUGACAUAGUCACCAAUCUAGUAGAGACUAACCAUUCCCUGGGUAACUUUGCCUUUACCAACUUCGACAAUUAUUACAUCAACAAGUCCAUCAUAAACACUGGACAUACAGUGAAAAUCAAUUUGAUGGAAGGGGAAGUUGAAGUGACAGGAGGUGGACUCAGUGGAACAUAUUCUACAAUUCAGUUUCACUUUCACUGGAGCAGCACAGAACAUGAUCAAGGUUCGGAGCACAUGAUUGAUGGGCACAGAUAUGCGAUGGAGAUGCACAUAGUCAGUCUGAAGAAAGGUCUUACUGCGGAGCAGGCUGUGCAGGACUCGGAAGGCAUUGCUGUUCUUGGGUUUUUUAUAAAUGCAACAGAAGAUAAUGAGAAUAUGUCAGGACCAUGGAGCAAUCUUACAUCUUACCUGACAAACACCACAGGUGCCGCGGUUGAUAUAAGUCAUCACUUCUCUAUCAAAGACCUGAUUGGAAAUGUAAACCUCACAAAGUUCUACCGGUAUAUGGGCUCCCUGACCACCCCCAACUGCAGUGAAGCAGUUAUGUGGACAGUCUUUCAAGAGCCAAUCAACGUCAGCAAAAAUCUGAUUAAAAAGUUUCCCAUGGAGACAAAACUCACCAACAAUUAUCGGCCUACACAACAUCUUAAUGAACGUCGAGUGUUUGCCUCCCCUGCUACUACUAUACCUCUGAGUCCUCAGUGGUGCUAUGAUGAGCACUGUGAUUACCAGCCGUCUAAUUGGCACGUUCUGCCUUACUCCCACUGCGACGGCGAAAGACAGUCACCCAUCAACAUUGAGACAAACACUGUGAUCGACAAAGAUCUUGGUGACUUCAGUUUUACAGGGUUUGAAAACAAAAAAGCCAUUGCGAAGAUCACUAACACAGGCCACACAGUGAAGUGUAUACUGAAGGACGAUGUGGUGGAGGUCUCAGAGGGAGAUUUGGAAUACGUCUACUCCACCCUACAGUUCCACUUCCAUUGGGGCUCACAGGACUCCAGUGGCUCAGAGCACACAGUGGAUUCACACAGAUACCCAAUGGAGAUGCACAUAGUGAACAAGAGGAAGGGUUUAACAUUGGAUGAGGCAGUGAAGAUUCCUAAUGGUCUGGCAGUGCUGGGAUUCUUUAUUGAGGCUACAGAUACGACCAAAAGCAGCACCGAUUCAGAACAACAGACAAAUCCCGCACCUAGUAUGGAUGCCUGGAAUAAACUGACUCACUACCUGGAAAAUAUUACAAGCGUUGGCGCAGAAGUUGAAUUUACAGAAGAGAUCUCCAUUGAUGACUUGCUUGGCAAUGUGAACCGAAAAGAAUACUACCGCUACAAUGGCUCCUUAACCACGCCUUCAUGUAACGAAGCAGUGGUCUGGACAGUCUUUAAAGAGUCUAUCAAGGUGGACAACAAGCUGAUAAUGAUGUUCCCGACUGUGACAGAACAUACCAACGUGUUUCGGCCUGCACAGCAUCUUAGUGGCAGGAAAAUCAUCAGAUCAGCAUCCAGUGCCCCUGCUCCCAUCAUACUGUUUCUUCUGCUGGCAUGUAUCUGUGCCUUCUCUUAUAAUUUGCAUUCAUGAGAAGGUUAGUUAAUUGGAACUAUUGUGAAAAAUAAAGUGUAUUGCACCAAUCAUCUGUCUUCAACUGUUCAGAUUAGCAUCUCAAUAAGUGUUUCAUUUUUAUUUACAGAAAUCUUCAGUAAUGCAAUCAAAUAAUCUCAUAAUCAAGAUAUUGUCUAUAUAGGCUGACCAGGGAAGUUUUAUUUUGAAAAAUCUGUUUAUAAACUCCAGGUGUUACCAGGCCCGCUGCAGCAUGUUUUGAACUGGUGAGUGAGUUACCACAGUUAUAAUGUUGUUUUGACUACUCAUUCAAACUCCGACUUCAGUAGUAAAAAAUAUUAAACUUGCACAAUAACUAAAUAUAAAUAUCUCUGGAUUUGUAGCAAAGUUACUACUUGAUCCAAUAGUACCUGUUUGCUUUGCUUUAUCAAAAGAUGUACAAAGAUGUGUAGAAAUCAAAUCAAUUACAUCUCAGGUGAUUCAAGGCUUACGUCUGCUGUGUUAAACCACUAAUUACAGUUGUUGACCAGAUGAGCUAGAAGAAAUGAUGAAUUACUGCAGUGUGUUCAAGUGAGUGUUCUUGUGCUAUAGUUAUCAGUGAGGAAUGUAUUGUUUUGUAACCACUGAAAACAAAAAAUAAAUAAUUGAACCGAUA